AUGACCGGGCGCGCGAGGGCACGAGCGCGAGGGAGGGCCCGCGGCCAGGAGACGGCGCAGCACGUGGGGGCUGCCGCAGGCCAGCAGCCUGGGUACCGGCCGCCGCGGCCGCCGCAGUCGCUGGCCGAGGGGGAGCUCGUCGGCCUGGGACGACAGAGAGGACCAGUGGGAGCAACAGCCAAGUCACAAGAACUCCAGAUUUCCGCCGGAUUCCAGGAGUUGUCCUUAGCUGAGAGGGGGGGCCGCCGCCGAGACUUCCACGACCUCGGGGUGAACACGAGACAGCACAUCGACCACGUGAGGGAGUCCAAGACAGGCUCCUCGGGCAUCAUCGUGCGGCUCAGCACCAACCACUUCCGGCUGACGUCGCGCCCGCAGUGGGCCCUGUACCAGUACCACGUGGACUACAACCCGCUGAUGGAGGCCCGCAGGCUGCGCUCCGCCCUGCUCUUCCAGCACGAAGACCUCAUCGGCAGGUGCCACGCCUUCGAUGGCACCAUCCUGUUCCUGCCCAAGCGGCUGCAGCACAAGGUGACUGAGGUGUUCAGUCAGACGCGCAACGGGGAGCACGUGCGGGUGACCAUCACACUCACGAACGAGCUCCCGCCCACGUCGCCCACCUGCCUGCAGUUCUACAACAUCAUCUUCCGGAGGCUGCUGAAGAUCAUGAACCUGCAGCAGAUCGGGCGGAACUACUACAACCCGAGCGACCCGAUCGACAUCCCCAACCACAGGUUGGUGAUCUGGCCCGGCUUCACGACCUCCAUCCUGCAGUACGAGAACAGCAUCAUGCUGUGCACGGACGUGAGCCACAAGGUGCUGCGCAGCGAGACCGUGCUGGACUUCAUGCUCAGCCUGUACCAGCAGACGGAGGAGCGCCGCUUCCAGGAGCAGGUGUCCAAGGAGCUGGUGGGCCUCAUCGUCCUCACCAAGUACAACAACAAGACGUACCGCGUGGACGACAUCGACUGGGACCAGAACCCCAACAGCACCUUCAAGAAGGCGGACGGCUCCGAGGUCAGCUUCCUCGAGUACUACAGGAAGCAAUACAACCAGGAGAUCACCGACCUGAAGCAGCCGGUGCUGGUCAGUCAGCCCAAGCGGAGGAGGGGCCCCGGCGGCACUCUGCCCGGCCCCGCCAUGCUCAUCCCGGAGCUCUGCUACCUCACAGGCCUGACCGACAAGAUGCGCAACGACUUCACCGUGAUGAAGGACCUGGCGGUGCACACGCGGCUGACGCCCGAGCAGAGGCAGCGGGAGGUGGGGCGGCUCAUCGACUACAUCCACAAAGAUGACAACGUGCAGAGGGAGCUCCGAGACUGGGGCUUGAGCUUCGACUCCAACCUGCUGUCCUUCUCGGGGAGGAUCCUGCAAGCAGAGAAGAUCCACCAAGGCGGGAAAACCUUCGAGUACAACCCCCAGUUUGCUGACUGGUCCAAGGAGACGAGGGGCGCGCCGCUGAUCAGCGUGAAGCCGCUGGACAACUGGCUGCUGGUGUACACCCGGCGGAACUACGAGGCGGCCAACUCGCUGAUCCAGAACCUGUUCAAAGUCACACCGGCCAUGGGCAUACAGAUGAAGAAGGCCAUAAUGAUCGAGGUGGACGACAGGACGGAGGCCUACCUGAGGGUCCUGCAGCAGAAGGUCACGUCGGACACCCAGAUAGUGGUCUGCCUGCUGUCGAGCAACCGGAAGGACAAGUACGACGCCAUCAAGAAGUACCUGUGCACGGACUGCCCCACCCCCAGCCAGUGCGUGGUGGCGCGCACCCUGGGCAAGCAGCAGACGGUCAUGGCCAUCGCCACGAAGAUCGCCCUGCAGAUGAACUGCAAGAUGGGCGGGGAGCUGUGGAGGGUGGACAUGCCCCUGAAGCUGGUGAUGAUCGUCGGCAUCGACUGCUACCACGACACCACGGCCGGGCGGAGGUCCAUCGCCGGCUUCGUGGCGAGCAUCAACGAGGGGAUGACCCGCUGGUUCUCCCGCUGCGUGUUCCAGGACCGGGGCCAGGAGCUGGUGGACGGGCUCAAGGUGUGCCUGCAAGCCGCGCUGCGCGCCUGGAACACCUGCAACGAGUACAUGCCCAGCCGCAUCAUCGUGUACCGCGACGGCGUGGGCGACGGGCAGCUGAAGACGCUGGUCAACUACGAGGUGCCGCAGUUCCUGGACUGCCUCAAGUCCGUGGGCCGCGGCUACAACCCCCGGCUGACGGUGAUCGUGGUGAAGAAGCGUGUGAACGCCCGGUUCUUCGCUCAGUCGGGAGGAAGGCUGCAGAACCCGCUGCCCGGGACGGUCAUCGACGUGGAGGUCACCCGCCCGGAGUGGUACGACUUCUUCAUCGUGAGCCAGGCGGUGAGGAGCGGCAGCGUGUCCCCCACGCACUACAACGUCAUCUACGACAACAGCGGCCUGAAGCCAGACCACAUCCAGAGGCUGACGUACAAGCUGUGUCACGUCUACUACAACUGGCCCGGUGUCAUCCGCGUGCCCGCGCCCUGCCAGUACGCGCACAAGCUGGCCUUCCUCGUGGGCCAGAGCAUCCACCGAGAGCCGAACCUGUCCCUGUCCAACCGCCUGUACUACCUGUAGCCACGGCGCGGCCACGGGGGGCCACGGCGAGCGGCGCUCCUCCUUCCCCGGGACGACUUUGGGGUUCCCCGCCUUAACUUUUUAACUGUUCUCUUCGUGGUUGAAACUUGGGGAGGGAAUUAGGGGGCCGAGAGUCUUAAUUCUAAGAUUGCUACUAACCUAUUUAUUUCACAGGUAGAAAUUAAGAUUUUAUAUUUUAAGUUCUUUGCCUCUCAAACAUAUAGUCAGGAGUUUUGUUUGUUUUUGAAGAAAAUGGGUGAGGCACUUUAUGGAUGGAGUCUCUCAAACCGUUUGAAAGUACUUUCAUGCGACAGAAAGUCCACUUGUAACCCACAUUAACCUUAGUUUGGGGAUGUUUAUUUUGAACGUGAAGGAGAAAAGGCACGAAGCAGGAAGCCCACUCCAGUCACAAGGCACGGCUUCACGUGGGCACGUCCUACUCAGGACAGAAGCCGCCACUGAAGGGCGCCCCCCAGGCACGGGAGGGCGGGACUGCGGAGAAAUAGGCCCGCGGGGUGGGUGUCAAGGAAGAACUGAAAACUCAAAUUUCUGUUCAAAGAAGCAUUUAACACCUUUUAGCAGCAGGCAGCCAGUGGUCUAUAUUAACGUUACUGUUUGUUUGGUUUUGCAAGUGGGCCUUCAUUCUAUUUAUUGUAAAAUAAAAUUGAAGUGAUGGU